AAUCCGGACUCUCGCGUGUUCGGUGAUCGCUGUAAUCCGGCCGGGCAAUGGGAUACGCGGGGGAGGCCCGGCGGCGUGUAGGUGCGGGGGCUGUCAUGAGCCAAUGCGCCGUCAGUCUUUUGUUUAUCGCCUUUCGUGUAAUACGUAGUGUCAAUUAAGUGCGCUCGCUAACAUCAUGGCGCCGCCACGUAAACAUUCGACAUUAACAAUAAAAGACAAAUUACGGAUUAUAGAAAUGUUAGAUAAGGGUGACAGCUACCCUGUCAUUGCUCGGAAGUUUGGUAUAGGCAGGUCAACUGUAGGUGACAUAAAGAAAAACAAAGACAAACUCUUGAAGUUUGUUAGCCUAACAGAACGUGGUCCCGGUGUACGAAAAACACUAAAGAAAUCGGAAAAUCCUGUUUUAGAAGAUGCUUUGUUUACGUGGUUUUUGCAACAAAGGCGAUUGCAUGUUCCUGUAAGUGGUGAUAUGAUUUGUGAGAAAGCUCGAAUUUUUCAUCGCCAGAUUACAAACUCCAAUAUCGGAUUUAAUGCAAGCCGGGGAUGGUUAGACAAAUUUAAAAAACGCCACGGAAUAAGACGUUUAAAAAUGGCCGGUGAAAAACUGUCAAAUGAUGAAGCCGCUAUCGGACCAUUCCAACUAGAGUUACAGAAAGUUAUUAGAGAGAAAAAAUUAACAGCGGAACAGGUUUACAAUGCUGACGAAUCUGGUUUGUACUGGCGAUUAUUGCCAGAUCAUACAUUAGCCUCUGGCAAUGAGCAGUCGGCUUCCGGAAGGAAAAUGAUGAAGAUGAGAGUGACAUUCAUGCCUUGUGCAAAUGCGGCUGGAACUCAUAAACUUCAAUUGCUUGUUGUCGGCAAAUCAAAAAACCCACGGGCAUUUAAAUCAACACGUCUUCCUGUUUGUUAUCGUGCACAAAAAAAUGCUUGGGUUACGAAAGACUUGUUUCUUGAGUGGUUUAAAACGGAAUUCGUUCCCGCGGUCCGCCGCCAUCUUUUGUCUGUUAAUUUGCCUCCUCAGGCACUGUUAUUGUUGGAUAAUUGUCCUGGGCAUCCAUCAGCAGAUGAACUUGUCUCUGAAGACGGCCACAUUUUUGCAAUGUUCCUGCCACCUAACACCACGGCGUGUAUACAACCAAUGGAUCAGAACGUUAUACAAAAUGUGAAGUUAAAUUACCGCAAAUCACUUUUGGUUAACUGUCUUGCAUUAUGUUCUGAAAACCUCAUGGACUCAUUAAAAUCGAUAACUUUAAAGGACACAGUUUUUCUUUUGGCUAAUUGCUGGGCCAAUGUUAAGACAUCGCUAAUUAACAAAUCAUGGAAGAAUUUGCACCCUGAAUUUCUCACUGAUAAUGACGAACCAGAAGAUGAUGUUCCUUUAGCCCAGCUUUUUAACAGGUUGAGGGGACCCAAUGAUCCUCAAAUAAGUGAGGCAGAAGCUCAAGAAUGGGCUGCUGGUGGUGCCGAAAGCGAGUUACAAAGAUAUGAAGUGUUAACUGAUGAGGAGAUUGUGCGAGCGGCUAUGUGUGAGGACGAUGAGGAAGAUGAGGACAAUAGCGUUGAAAUUCUAAAAAUCACAAAAGUUGGUAAUUCAGAGGCAGUAGGAGCUUUAAACACAGCUUUAAAAUGGGCUGAAGAUAACGAAUUUGAUAGCCACGAAGUUAUGUUUCUCCGUCGACUUAGAGACCGGGCUUUCGAAAUGAAGUGCGAAAAUUAUAAACAGAAGAGUAUUACAGACUUUUUCAAGAAGAAUUAACUAAUGUUUUAUUUUAACUUGCUGAUUUCCUUACAUAGUUGUUUGUAUGUAAUUUUGAACAUGUACAUUUUGACUGUAUGCUAUAAUUUAAAAAUUGAUUAAAGAAACUAAGGUUAAA